AUGGGAUUUGACAAAUCAACUGUGUCUCGGGUGAUUGACCGUGUGACGGAAUCAUUAGUUGCCAGGAAGGAUGAUUUCAUAUCGCGGCCAGAUAACCAGAGGAAGAACGUGAUAAGAGCUGGGUUUUAUGAAAAGGCUUGUUUUCCAAACGUGGUUGGAUGCAUUGAUGGGACUCACAUACGGAUUACUGGGCCUAGCAUUGAUGAACCAGCAUUUGUUAACCGAAAGGGGUUCCACAGCAUCAACGUACAAGUCAUUUGUGACCAUGAAGGUAGAUUCACCAACAUCAGUGCUAGGUGGCCAGGAUCAGCGCAUGAUUAUCAUGUUUUCAGAACUUCAGCCAUAGGACAACAUCUUGAGAAUGGAUAUCAAGGAAUUGGACAAGGUGUAUUGUUAGGAGACAGUGGCUAUCCCUGCAGACAGUUUUACUGA